CAGCCCCAGGAUGGCAAGCUUGCAGCUUUUGUUUGUGGGGAUCGCCGGUAUUUUAGCGAUUUUAUACAGCGGGAAGGCGUCUUGGUUAUCCAAAACAUUGUUUUAUCUGUACUAUGGGAAGACUGGCUGCAUGCCCCUGCCGGAUCUUAGCAAUGUAACACUACACUAUUUUCCAGUGAGGGGAAGGGGAGAAGCCAUACGGCUACUUUUAACUGAAGCACAAAUCUCGUACACAGAAUACAAUUUCAAAGAUGUACAGUGGAGCAAAGCAAAACAGAAGGGUGUAAAAAAUGGACAAUAUUUAUUUGGACAAGUGCCAUAUUUAGAAAGUCCAUCUUCAGGAGUUGGUCUCUCUCAGAGCCAUGCAAUCAUGCACUAUCUGGGCAGAACAACAGGCAUGGACUGUGACUGUGAUAUGAUGCACAUGUGUGAAAUUUUAGCACAAGGAACAGAGGAUCUCAGGGCCAAAUUGGCAGAGGUUCUGCACAACCCAGACUUCAGCCUCAAACUCAGAGAACAAUACUUGAAUGAAACAUUACCAGUAUGGUUGGGAUAUUUUGAAAAAUUAGCACCUCCAUUAUCAAAACUGAAUGAAGCUUUCUUUGUCAAUGACCGCCUCACUUGGGUGGACUUUUUGCUGUUUGAUCAGCUGGACAGCAAUAUGGAAUUUGGAAGGUUUGAGGAGUAUCCUGAUGCCAUGUCAGUCCAUGUACUAAAAGAUUUUCCAAAACUUAGAAAAUAUUACAAUCAGAUGGCAGCCAGACCAAGAAUAGCUGCAUUUUUAACUGAUACGAAGAGAUUCAAGUUUGCCUUGCCCAGAAGACCAAAAGAUGCAUGAGAAAAUCUGUUAUUUUAUUCUGUAACACUAUAUUUUAGUCUUUUAUCUUAACCUGAUUUAGAGUGUUUAGGUCAUGAAACUGAGAACCUCUGUAGGAGUAUUAGUGUUGAUAUCAGGUUUGGUUAUGAAGAAGUUGACCAAGAGCUGCAGCGAAGCCUGAACUCCCUUCUUAAUGGGAUAAGGUCUUUGAAGACUAAAAAGAAUGUGUUCAUGGAGCCCUACCAUGAAGUAUGUGGCUACGAAGAAUAUUGUGGUUUUUCCAGAGAUAUAUAUAUAUAUAUAUAUAAGGCUGAGUGGGAAUCUGCCUGGUAUCCUGUUUGCAGAACCCAAGGGACAUCGACACUGAGGAGGAAACAUUCAUUUUGCACCUCUUUUUCUUUUGCUCUCACAACGAUGUGACAAAAUAGAAUACUUAUCCUUGCUGUUUAAUUUUGAAAUUCAACCUUAUUAUUGGUUAUGUUUUUAUUAUGUACACAAACGCAGUUGUGGUUUAUAUGGUACACAGACAACUAGAGUUGUAAGGCAAAGUUGACAUGGAUACUCAGUAUGUAUUAUAAAGUAUUUUAUUCAUUACUUUUCAUAUACUAUGUCAUAUGUACCACCAUUUUUGAAAACACACCCUUUUACAAGGCAUUAUUUAUUUAUUUAUUGUCAUAGAUGUAUCAUUUGCAAAAUUACAAAUUUUUGGUCUGUAGAUGAUAUACCAUCUAAUUUACUCAUAAAACAAUAUUGUAAACUCAGAACAGACUGUUUUUCAGUCAAGUACCUUUCUAGAUCAUAGUUAAAAAUGAACCUAAAGCAUAGUAGAAAAGUACAAUUGUAAAUUAUUUCAAAAUUUCAGGCCGUUUGCAGUAAAUAAUUGUCUGCUUAUGGAGAUUUAAAAAAAAGGGGCAACAGAUUUGAAACGAGGAGGGGGCUAUUGAACUAUGAUAAUGAUUGAAAACUUCAAACAAUUUUAUGAAGCAAUUACAAAAAAUCAAAAUGUUAAUUGCAUAAUGCCAUAUUUUUAGAUUUGAUUGUAUCAGAUACUUUUAUUCCUUAUUUUUUUUACUGCUGAUAUUUUUAAGUAUUGAAAAAAUAAGUAUUUACUUAGACAGUGCUAAUAUGAUGAUAUUCAGCUAUUUUGUAUCACAAAGUUCAUGCUGGUGCCCUUUAUGAAUAGAAUGCUUUAUUCUUAUAAUUCCAAAUCAGUAUUUUAGUUACUUUUGUCUAUGGAAGAUGAGCCCUCUUACUCUCAAAAAAAUUAAGAAUAUAAUGAUACAUUUGCAUAGUAUGAUAAUAUUUAGUUUCAGUUGCCAGAGCAACAACAAGACGAAACAAAAACAAAUGGUCAUUGGGUAAGCACUCUAUAAGUGACAAGCAAUUUGACGGGUGCAUCUUCUAAUAUAUUGCUGUAUCUCACACAGUGCAAAAAUACCACUGCCAGGUAUGUCGUUUUACUUAUAUUUCUAUUUUGAAGUGAUUAGUCAUGGUUAUACACAGUCAGGGGAUUGGAAAUGACUGUACAUAUACAGUAAUCACAAGGAAUAGUAGAUUUAAAGUUAUGCUGUCUCAGUUUAUUCUUAGUAGUAAUUUACCUCCAUUGCACCCCCUGAGUUUUACAGGAUGGUUUGCCAGUGUUAAGUCUGAAAUAGGCUGUUAUCCAUGCAGUCUUGAUACAGGCACUGGGCUGUACAAUUGUCAGCUUUUACUGUCUUUUGUAUAUUAUGUAGCAGCUAAUCAAAAUGUAUGUGGUGCAUUUUUAUUUAGAAUGGUUAUAAUAACUGUAAUAAGUAAUACUCAGGAAUACAUAUGAAGCAUGUCUAUUUUAUUUUGCUUCAGUUUGGUUGUGCUCUAACAUCUUUGAUGUAUAUCCAUUCAAGAGAAAUGUUCCUGUGAAGCAGUUCUAGUAUUAUGUAUAUAGAAGUAUAUAUGAAUAGUUAAAUACACUUAUUGUAGGGUUUGAAAAACAUGAAAUUUGCAUUAAACAUUAUAAAGAAGUGCAUCUCAAUUAUAGAUCCAGACUUAUUGUCGUGAAAAUUCGGAGAAAUUCUUUGUUGUCAUUUUGGGCAUCAUUUUAUUAUUAUUAUUAUUAUUAUUAUUAUUAUUAUUAUUACCACCAUAUACAAGUCUGGCUAGUGUUAUUUUAAAUUAAGCUAGGACAAUUUCUUGGACUUGGUAGGCUUUUAUGAUAUUUACUGUUGACAUGUGGCAAUGUUUGCUAUCAAAUUGAUGUGCAGAAGAACGGAUACAGUACCCUAUGUGGGAUGAGUGAAUGAAUCUUUUUUUUUUUCAGGGUAAGGAGCUUCGUAUCACCUUUGUCUAUGAAUUAGUUAUUUUUCUUUAUUUUCCUUUCCUUUAUUUUAUUUUAAAAUUGCAAUAUUUUAUACUAUGAGCAAAGGUAAACAUGACAUGUUACGAAGUGAGAUCAGUAUAUUAGAAAUGUAAGCAUUUGCCACUGAACUUUAAAUGACAGAGGUUUUGUGCUGACUGAAGUGUUUUUAUCUCUUCCAACUAUGAGACAGCGGAAGCUACUUUAUUUUUUUAAGAAUUAAAUUUCAUGUCACUAACCUCUAAUGUUAUACAUACCUCAAGCAUGCAAUACAUUAUUUUAACAGGUUAACAUAUCUAUUACUGCAAAAUUCAAGUUGGACCUAAGAAAUAUGUAUAGCUACACAAAACGGUGCCAUUGUAAUUGCACGUUUUGUAGGAUUUAGAUUGGCGUGAACAUUUUGAAUGUGAUAGAAGUUUUUAUGUAUUGUAUUUGUAUAUGUAUUUAAUAGAUUAUAUGAUCCGGUUUUGUACUAGUGCAAUCCACUCAGCCCUUCUUUUCUGACGAUUUUGAAGUGUCAUUUUAUAUUAAUUUUGUUAGUAAUUUUGAUAUUUUUGUGUUAAGUUCUUGAAUUAUUUGUCAACGUCCAUGUAGAUUUAUCAAUGCAAGAUAAGUGUUACCUCCGUGCUUAUAGGAUUUUGAAAAUGACUUGAGCAUUUUGACAGCCAGUAUUACUGUUGUUGUUUCCCUCGUGUAAUAUGGAAUAAAAAGAAUGUAGGUGUGA